UUGCCUCCCGCGCCGCCCGCUGCACCCCUAGCUCGGCUGGCGCCGGAGUAUGGAGACGGGCUGGCCCCCCUCCCCACCGGGCCCAGAGCAGCCGGCGCGGGGGGACCCUCUACCCGAGGUGCGGCCCGCGGAGUCCGAGGACCAAGCGCCCUGUCGCCGCGGCCUGACCCCCGGGGCCUCAAGCGCUGCGGGCGAGCGGCUGCCUGUGCGCCACGGGCCGCCUUCUGACCCAAGUCAGGCUCCACCGCUGUCCGGAGAUCCCGCGUCUGGUCCGGAGGAUGGCGCGCGCCUCCGCGCUGUGUUUGACGCCCUGGACGGGGAUGGGGACGGCUUCGUCCGCAUCGAAGAUUUCGUCGAGUUCGCCACGGUCUAUGGGGCGGAGCAGGUGACGGACUUGACUCAGUACUUAGACCCCAGUGGGCUCGGCGUGAUCAAUUUUGAAGACUUCUGCCAAGGGAUCUCAGCCAUUAGAAAUGGAGAUCCGGAUGGCCAGUUGUACAGCAUGCCACCUGCCCAGGAUGAGGAGCCUCCCACCUGCACUGAUGAGUUUGAUGACUUUGUCACCUACGAGGCCACUGAGGUGACAGAUAGUGCAUAUAUGGGCUCGGAGAGCACCUACAGUGAGUGUGAGACCUUCACUGAUGAGGACACCAGCACCCUGGUGCACCCUGAACUGCAUCCUGAGGGGGACGCCGACAGUGCAGGCAGCUCAGCUGUGCCCUCUGAGUGCCUGGACACCAUGGAGGAGCCUAACCAAGGUGCACUGCUGCUGCUUCCAGGCAGGUCUCGCACCCGUGGCCAGGCUGACGUCAUGGUGAUUGGUGGUGAGGAGCAUUUUGAGGACUAUGGGGAAGGCACCGAGGUAGAGCUGUCCCCAGAGACCCUCUGCAAUGGGGAGCUGGGGUGCAGCGAUCCUGCUUUUCUCACCCCCAGCUCCGACCUGCUUGCUGCAAAGCUGCACAGCAUCCUCACUGACGAGGCUUUUGAGUUUUACUGUAGCCAGUGCCACAAACAAAUCAACCGCCUUGAGGAUCUCUCUGCCCGCCUGAAUGAUCUUGAGAUGAAUAGCCCAGCCAAGCGACUCUCCAGCAGGAAGGUGGCAAGGUACCUGCACCAGUCGGGGGCCCUGACCAUGGAGGCCUUGGAGGAUGCUCCAUCAGAGCCUGUGGAGGCCCCAGAGGAGGACAUUGCUGACAAGGUCAUCUUCCUGGAGAGGCGGGUGUCAGAACUGGAGAAGGACAGCAUGGCCGCAGGGGAGCAGCACAGCAGACUGAGGCAGGAGAACCUCCAACUGGUGCACAGAGCCAAUGCCCUGGAGGAACAGCUGAAGGAACAGGAGCUGAGAGCCCACGAAAUGGUACUAGAAGAGGCAAGAAAGCAGAAAGAACUUCUGUGUAAGAUGGAGCGAGAGAAGAGCAUCGAGAUUGAGAACCUGCAGGCUAGGUUGCAGCAGCUGGAUGAGGAGAACAGUGAGCUGCGGUCCUGUACGCCCUGUCUGAAGGCCAACAUUGAGCGUCUGGAAGAGGAGAAGCAGAAGCUGCUGGAUGAGAUUGAAGGGUUGACGCUGCGGCUCAGUGAGGAGCAGGAGAACAAGAGAAAGAUGGGGGAUAGGCUGAACCAUGAGCGGCACCAGUUCCAGAGAGACAAGGAGGCAACCCAAGAGCUAAUUGAGGACCUCCGUAAGCAGCUGGAGCAUCUGCAGCUCCUCAAGCUGGAGGCAGAGCAGAGGUGGGGCCGCAGCAGCAGCCUAGGGUUGCAGGAAUACCAUAGCCGCACCAGGGAGAGUGAGCUGGAGCAGGAGGUCCGCAGGCUCAAGCAGGACAACCGCAGCCUGAAGGAGCAGAACGAUGAGCUGAAUGGGCAGAUCAUCACUCUCAGCAUCCAGGGUGCCAGAAGCCUCUUCUCCACAGCCUUCUCGGAGUCCCUGGCUGCAGAGAUCAGCUCAGUCUCCCGUGAUGAGCUCAUGGAAGCCAUCCAGAAGCAGGAGGAGAUCAACUUCCGCCUACAGGACUACAUUGACAGGAUCAUUGUUGCCAUCAUGGAGACCAACCCAUCCAUCCUGGAGGUCAAGUAGGGGACCAGAGCCCAGUGUGGACUGGCUCAGGACGCCACCAGCAUCCUGAGUGCCCCGCCACACCAUAAGGAGCCAAGACCAGCAGGUCCCCAGCCUGCCCAGCCCAGGGCGUGUGGGGGUCCUCCUUGGGCAGUGGGGAAGGGAGGAAGGAGGGGAACCCUUGUGACUGAGUGGGACUGAGCCCACAGCAGACAAGGAUUGUGGCAGGGCCUCCCCACCCCACAUUGCCUGGCUACAGUGCCCAUCGUUGGUCAUUGAGGAUGGGCUCUUAAGCUGUGUGCAGAGUCGGGACAGCUUCUCAGGCCAGAUGAGCCCUCUGACCCCUCUUCCCUCCAUGCAGCCCUAUCAGGCAGAAAGGAAGAAAACGGGUCCCUACCAGGGGUGCAGUUCCCCCCACAAGCGCCCUCACAUGGUGCCACCCCAUCCCAGCCACUCCUGAAUGGUGUCCAAGUCCUGGAUCCUCCCAUGGGACAUGGUAUGGGAAGGCCAGGAGGGGGAGGCUGGUAUGUAUGGGGUCUGGCUGGGAACCAUGUGUCCUGCCAGCUCUCCCUGAGCAGCCCAGGCCAUCACCCAGCCAGAUGGCCAUCUCUGUCCAGCUUCAAGACCAGGGACCUCUAAGCCACACAGCCACUCCAUGCCCUGACUGUAACUGUAGUAACCUUCAAGGGCUUUGUGCGGAGGCUGAGGCAGAAGUGCACUAGGACCCUUUUUUCUGAUUCCAGGACUUGAGAUCUUGACUGUGUGGAAUUCACUCCCUGAAUGGGGUGGACAGUGCUGGCCCCUCUCACUACAGGGGCCACUGUUCUGUAGGUAUGACCUGCUCUGGCCUCCUGGAGUCCACACCCUCUAGGCAGACCGUCACUGCCCUGGAUGAAGUCCAUAUUUCCCAGGCUAGAGUCCAGGUGUCUGGAACCAUGUUUCCUUCUUGGCAUCUGACUUGAAGUUUUGUUUUUCCCUGGGGUAGGUCCUGCAGCUGUGUGGACAGGGCUGCUCUCUAAGGACACAGGAGUACUGGGUGACCUUCCUGCACAGUGCCUGCCCAACCCAAAUGGGCAGUGCCACCUCACAGCUACUGGGCCUUCCCCAAGCCUGGGAGUCCCCGGGCAUUCCCAGGUGGACCAAGACCUGUCACAAAGAUUGGCCACCCCACUGUGUGCAAGUGUGUGUGUGCGCGCGUGCAUGAGUGUGCACACAAGCGUGAGUGUAUGUGUGCUGCCCUGCAUCCCUCUACGUGGCCCUUCUACACUACAGUUUAAGAUGUUGCCUCGUGUUGUACAUUCUGGGGAAAGCCUUUGGUGUAAAUCAGUGUAAACUUGGAAGAGAGAUUUUUCUAUCAUGUAGAGUAGGUAUUUUUUAUAGAUUGAAGGUGGAUCAAUUUUUUAAUACUUUCCAGAGAGAAAAACUAUCUGUGUAUACACAUGAAAUAUAUAUAUAUAUAUAUAUAUAUAUGUAUAAUAUAUAAAUACUGGAGCCCUGCCUUUCUGUGCCCAGGUCUCAGCCCUAUAACAUGGACUAUGACCUGUUCUGCUGAUCACUCAGCAGUGCUGUGACUGUAAACUCUAGUUUCCAGGAGAUACUGAGAUACCAAUGACCAACCUGCACGUGGCGCCUGCUUCAACUCCUGAGAAAUGACUCCUCCUGCUUGGACACGGGAGGGUGGAAGGCCAGCAGGGUCCUGACCAAUGUGUUGGCCACCACAGAUUAAAGCUGUUACUACACA